GCUCUUUUUUAGGGUUGGAAACUUAGAAAGGUGUCGGCUGCUGAAAAUUUGCGCGCUAGCCUGAAAAGGUUCGGAGGUCAAACCCCUGAAUGAAAUACUGCUGAUAUUCGCCGUCCAGAGAAAUGAAAAAGCCUAUAAUUUCCAGACCGGAGGUUUAGGAGAGUGAGAGAGUGGACAUUAGCAUCAUCUUCUUCCAUGGCUAGGAGCUGUAAGCUUCCGGUUACUAGGCAUUUCUUCAAGGUUAUUGUGGCUGGUUUCCGAUCCAAACUCUCUCUUCCUGUGGCUUUCUGCCGACGGCUGAAGGGGAAGAGACUGGAUAAGGCAGUGGUGAGAAGUUCCCAGGGGUCAUGGCAUAUCAAAGUUGGCAAAUGCCGCAAAGGGUUGCUCUAUUUUGAACAAGGCUGGGAAGAUUUUGUGACGCACCAUGACCUCGAUCUUGGAGAUUUCGUGGUAUUUGAACAUAAGGGAGACAUGGUUUUCGAUGCCAUAGUGUUCGAUUCAAGCUCCUGUGAGAAAGAGUUUCCAGUUUCCAUCAAUUUCUCCGAGAAGAGUAGGAAGGAAAUUGAUAAUUUAUCUGAUGAAUUUGAGAGCUAUUCUCACACAACAGAGGAAGGGAAUUUCAAAGGGCAAUCCCCGUUGAAAGAUGCUCAAUCUUAUUCUCCGAAGGGUCCUUAUUUCAUAACAACCAUAACAACAUCUAGCGGAGCAGAUGAUGGAUCAUAUCUGGAUAUCCCAGCGGAAUUUGCAAGCUCAAAUAACCUUGUUCGAGCAUCAAUCGUAGUUCUGCAGAAUCCCUCGAGCAAAUUAUGGGCAGUAAAGCUUUGCAGCAUUGAUUCCAAAUGUGGGAAGAGAAGUGCAUUAAGGGGAAAAGGAUGGCAUGAGUUUUAUGUGGACAAUAAACUCAAGGAAGGAGACGUCUGCUUAUUUGAGCUCGACCUUACCAGAAAAAGAUCUGAUGUUGUGGUGAUUACCGUGCAUAUUUUUCCUUUGGUGACCUAAACAGAUGUCACUUUCAUGGGUCUUGCUUCUUUUUAUGCUAAGAUUUUUCCUUUUUUUUUUUUUUUUUUUUUUUUUUUGGCUUUUAGGAUUGGGCAUUUAUUGUUUUCUUCAGCUUUUCCUUCGUUUUUAUAGAAAGCCAUAAAAAUAAUUGGCACAAAUAAAAAAUGGGUUGUCCUUUUUUUUAAAAAAA